AUGGAAGCCGGUUUGAGAUUAAAUAAUAUUGAACAUAAAUUUGGUAUCUCUUCACUAUUUCACUCAAUAGUAAAGAAUCCCAAUAAAACAACAAUUGAUUCUUCUAAUGAAUGUAAUAUUGAUCACCAAAUACAUCUUCAGUUCAAUACUAAUGAUAUCCAUGACCAAUUGAAAAUUAUACCCUACUGUAAAAAAAAGGUACCAAUUCUAUGUUCUAAUACAACAAAGAAAUGUUGUUCAUAUGGUAUACACGAACCAAUUGAACCUUGGUUCCCGUUAGAUUCAUUAAUAGAAGGAAUAACCAGAAAAGAAAUUCAAAAUGACCCGAUCGAAACUACGACAGCAAUGGGAAUUACAACUGAGUUUAAUACCACUGAACAAACUACAAAUACUGAAGAUAUCCUAGCUGGAUUAUUCAUUUUGGCUAUAUUGGCCGCUAUUGUGGGUUGUAUUGUAUUACGUUUAAAGAAAUGA